CGCCGCCAAAGCUCCCGAUUGGAUGCAGUGGUGUGUGGGUUGGGCACGGAAGGGGUGCCACUAUCACGGCGGGUCACUGUUAGCGCGUUUGUGUGACUACGAAGCAGAGAAGGGCAAGCCCUCACAAGCAUUUACGAAGUUCCCAGAUCUCCCUACCGAAAUACGAUGUUUAAUAUGGUCAAAAGCGUCCCCGAGCCGUCCUCGAGUAAUUCAAAUUGCAUACCAAGCCGAGAAGGAAAGAUGGCGAGCCUGUGUCGACAGUUGUGGAGGUCUCCCCCCAAUCAUUCCCGUAUGUCGUGAGGCGCGAAAUGAAGCAUUGAAGCCAUAUACGAGGUUACUGGAAACAUGGGUUGGCUUUGAGGACGACACGAUAUUUAUCAGCGAUCCAAUGUUCAAUAUUCGCAAACCUCGGAGCAAAUUCAUGGACUCGGCAUAUUUAAAAUCAAUCAAGCGGAUAGCCUUUACGGAGGAUGUGUAUUUCGGGAUGAAGCUGCUGUAUGAAUCGUUUCCACUGCUUGUCGAUCCCCAAGGAGCGAUUGUCAGAAGGAUGAAAGGGUUGUCGCAUUUUACAUUGGUUUUGAUGGAAGAUGGGGCGGGCUUUGACGAGGAUAGCGAUGAAGCGGAAUUCGAGUAUUUCGAUGAAGAAUCACCAAACUCAGGGCUUGAUCCAGAAGAGGAAAAUGACGAGGGGACAGCUCAGAAUGAGGAACAGCACGAUCAGGAGCAUGGCUCUCCGGACGACGAUGAAGUAGCCACAGUGCUUGAUCAAGCGCAUGGAGAUGACAUGCAAGGUGAAGAAACCGGCCUUGAAAUCGCGAACGAGGAGCAGUGGCUGAGCAUCCAAGAGGACGCAGCAAUGGAACGUCUGUCCAAGGGAUACUUCCGACAUGUGGGUGACAUCCAUUUCAUCAGCGCGAUGCACUCCCCGGAUUAUUGGGACUCGUGGUAUUCCUACCUCGAGCAAGUUAUAUCGGACUUUGAUGAGGAGCAACAUGAAGAACCAGACUGGAGGCACCCAAUGAUUGCCGUUGUAGAGGUUAAGUAUGGACUUCAUUACAUCGGACAGGCGCCUGCCAUUGAAUGGAGAUGUGGCCCCACACCUGAAGAGGACGACUCCUCCGAGGAUUCUUCUGACAAUGGCUCUUGAUAGAAACAAGGCGAGAGGCACAGCUACACAGCUACUACCUUAAAGUCUGUCUAUACCUUGAAUCUGCCUAACCUGUAGAUACAAUAGAAUAUCUGAGCCGAAAUACACCAACAUCUGACUGAUAACCCCAGUGGGGUAACUUGACAUUAUGUCCCUGCUUUGAUUUGGCUCGUCCAGAUGAGAAGGCCCGAUGGGCACAACCUCGACUGCUUCAAAUGGACAUGUUGUCUUAGAUUGUCCUGGUCGUUGCCUUCCAUGAGAGUUGGCGUUCUUGUGUAGGGAAUCGAAACUGCCCUUACUUGUGCUUGUAUUGUAUUUGACCUUGUGCAAUGUGAGCCAACCGUGUUAAAUUG